AUUUAUGUUGAACUUCGAGCCCAUCUUCAAUCUUCUUUGUCAUUUCCAUACGCAUGGAAACCGAGCCGCUUCUUCCCCUAAAAAUCGGAUCUCAGUCGCCGUCUCUGCCCAGCCACCGGCAGAGGGCCUCCGUCACUUCCUCCGUUCCGCCGUCCUCUGUCCUCUGCCCCCUCCCCGAGGACGGAGAGAUCUCCAUCCCCCUCUCCAGCCCCAGCACCGCCACCGCCGCCUCCUCCCUCAAGGACCUACUUAUCUUCGGCCAGUUCCCACCUUCUACCGACGACGAACCAGACGAAUUCGCCCCUCUUCCCUCGUCUUCCUCUCCUCUUCCCGCCUCUCCCCUCUCCGGCAAUCCCAACUCCUCUUCCUCCUUCUCCGCCGCCGCCGUCGCCCAUGCCUGGCUCAGCGACCCCUCCGCCUCUAGGGGGAGGAACAGCCUCCACCGAUCCCGCACCGCCCCGGCCAUCUCCGCGAUCAAUGAAGUCGGAGGCUCCCAUAUCGACACCCCUGAUCGCCCCUCCAUCGUCACCCAGGCUUUCCUCCUUCUCGUCGUCUACCUCAUUUUUGGGAUCUCAAUCUAUACCUUCAAUCGCCACCACUUCGUCGCCAAAGAGACCCAUCCCGUUGUCGACGCCCUCUACUUCUGCAUCGUAACUAUGUGCACCAUUGGCUACGGCGACAUCACCCCGGUUACUGCCUCCGCCAAGAUCUUUUCCAUCAUGUUCGUCAUCAUUGGCUUCGGUUUCGUCGAUAUCCUUCUCUCCGGGAUGGUGUCUUACGUGCUCGAUAUCCAGGAGUCCCUCCUCCUCUCCGCCGUCAACAACCCGAUGAAGAUCGACGACAAGAAGAAACAUAAUCAGCAAAAGAAUCACGACCAACACCAGCACCAGCACGAGCACGGACACAACAUCACCCGGAAUUAUAUAAUCGACGUCAAGAAGGGGCGGAUGAGGAUACGGAUGAAGGUAGCACUUGCGCUCUGCGUCGUCCUGCUCUGCAUCGGCGUCGGCACCGGCGUGCUGCGCUUCGUGGAGCAGCUUGGAUGGCUCGAUUCCUUUUACCUCUCUGUGAUGUCUGUGACCACCGUUGGGUACGGGGACCGAGCAUUCACAACGCUGCCGGGCAGGUUAUUUGCGUCGCUGUGGCUCCUAGUGUCCACUCUCGCCGUCACUCGUGCAUUUCUUUACUUGGCUGAGGCAAGGAUCGACAAGCGGCACCGGAAGAUGGCAAAACUGGUGCUCUGUAGAGACAUGACUGUCGCAGAAUUUCUCGCGGCUGAUAUGGACAAUAAAGGGCUUGUCACGUAAGUUACUUUGCUCUCCUGUGUUCUUCCUUAUUUUGGUCUAUUCAUAUAAGGUUUUUAUUGCUUGG